UGUUUUCACACUACCCGCUUCACGUGGGAAUGUUGAAAGUGCAUAUUGUAGCAUGUGUAUGGUGUAUAAUAUAAAUAUCUGAUCAUGAACGCCAUACACUCUUGUUUUAAGGCUCAGAUAGGUGAGGUGGUUUUACCUGGAGAUGUUUUCCAGUUUGAUGUGUCCUCUGUAGAGGAGGACAGCAACAUUAAAUCUGAAAAGAUCGUUUGUGGACCGGGACUGCGCCGAAACGGAGACGAGAUCCUGGUGUAUAAAAGCGGCAUCCUGCGCCAUAAACAGCCCAGUAUGUACUGGAUAGACUCCCAGCAGAAACGCUAUGUUCCAGUUAAAGGCGAGAGUGUGAUCGGCAUAGUGACGGCGAAGUCCGGCGACAUCUUUAAAGUGGACGUGGGAGGCAGUGAGCAGGCCUCGUUGUCCUACUUAGCCUUUGAAGGAGCGACUAAAAGGAACAGACCUAAUGUGCAGGUGGGGGAUCUGGUGUACGCCCAGUUCAUCAUCGCAAACAAGGACAUGGAGCCGGAGCUGGUGUGUAUAGACAGCUGUGGCCGGGCCAACGGGAUGGGAGUGUUCGGAGCAGGCGGCUUUCUCUUCAAGGUGUCUCUGGGAUUAGUUCGAAGGCUUCUCGCACCUCAGAGCGAGAUGGUGAAAGACCUUGAGAAGAUCUUCCCCUUCGAGAUGGUGGUGGGUUUAAACGGCAGGGUGUGGGUAAAGGCUAAGAGCGUGCAGCAGACCCUGAUCAUCGCUAAUCUUCUGGAGAGCUGUGAGAACAUGACGGCGCAGCAGAGAAGGGCUCUGUUCAAGAGGGUAGCAGAGGGCGCCCUCUAGUGAACGUACUAAGUGCUGCUUUCCAUGGCAAUUCCUCAUAGACCAGAUCAGCAGAAGGCUAAAUGUGGCUCACAGGAAGACACACAAUUCCUGACGGCUCGGAGGCUUGAAUUUGAACUUUUAGUACAUUGUACUGUGAGAGUGUGAGAUAAAUGUGGAUGGACUGUAAUGUUUGAGCAGCGGUUUUAGAUGCAGCCUCAGCAGCUCGAAGUCAUUAUUUCUAUCUUAACAGAUGUUUUAUUUCUACUGCUUCCUUAAUUCAAUAUAUUUUG